AUGCAGGGCGUGAGCCCUUCGCGGCCGCCCUCGGCCCCCAUCGCGGCUGAGGGCUGGGAGGAGCUGACCGCUGCCGAUCAUGCACCGGGAGAUGCGGGAGGGCUCGGCGCUGGGGCGGGCUCGCGCCAGGCUGGGCCUAAUGUGGCGCAGGUGCGGCGGCGCUGGAGGGCGGCGCAGGUGCGGGUCAAUGCAAUGACCGAAUUGACAAGGCAGCGCAGCGCCGGCUCUUGCCAGGACGCCGAAGCAGCGGACGUCAACCGGGUUGCCAGCCAGAGGUGGAAGGUAGCGUGCGGGCGCUGGAGAGAAGUGGCUCCUGAACGCAACCCUGAAAGCGCGAAGCAGCGCUGGGAUGCCGCACUGGCAGGGAUCCGUGCGCUGCAGCUGGAGGGCGCCGAGGGCCAGGACGUGAAUCCGUCCAGGCUGCCAGACAAGCGGCCCGUCGUGUCGGGGCGCUGGAAGGCGGCGCUGUCGCGGAUCAGCGCGUUGACCGCCCUGGAGAGGCGGCGCGCUAAUGGUGUUCACGCUGGAGGCGACUUCGACGAUAGCCCUUUGGACGAGGUCUCGGUGGAGUCAUCAAGACCGACGCCGAGGACAGGCGCUGGAUCUUCCUCGUGCGGAGGCGCACGCAGCUGCAGGGGCGGGCGGGCAGCCUGUGCCCGCGCGCUGGUCUCCACCCUGCGGGCGCUAGCAGUGCUGCUGCCGCUGGCCACGCUGGCCCUGCUGAUCCUGCAGGACCGCUGCGACGAGUCGGACGAGUGGUGCGGCGCGCAGGCGUUCCUCGGGUACGGGCUGCUGGCCAAGUGCACUUCCGGCCUGUCGGCCAUCGCCAUGGUAUUGCUGGAGAUCCUGUUCAGGCUGCCGUCCUGCUGCCCAAGGCAGAUCCCCGCGGUGGUUGCAGGCCGGGGAUCAGAGGCGCACCUAUGCGACCUGGACAUCUGGUCGGGGGCAGAGAUCGCGCGGAUCUUCUUGCCCGCGGGCGCAGGGCCACCCUGGGAAACCCGCGCACAGGUGCCGCCCAGCCUGCGAGGCAGCCCGGGCCGGGGCGUCGUUUUGAACAAGCCCCCGUGCAAGGCUCCGCCCCCCAGCUUCGGCCAGCCGAGGGCGGGGCAGACGUCCGCGGAGGCCUGGGGCAUCGGGGAGAACUCUGGCACUGGGGGGCCGGCAGUGAGGCGGCCUACAGAGGCUUUCAGGAUGCCGCGGGCGUUCUCCCCGGUGGCGGGAAGGGGCGCCAGCGCGUGCCUCAUGAAUGAGAGGGCCCGUCCCCGGGUCGAGGCGAUCACGGCGCCCGAGGACUCCGUCCGCGUGGCGGAGGACUUCGGCCCCAACGAGGAAGUCUUACCCGAGCGCCCGCGGGAAUACGCGGAGCGGGAUAUCAGGGAAUGUCGCUGA